GCGUGCGCUGCGAGUGCGUGUGGGAGUACCUGCAGCACAAGUGCCUUGCCGGGCUUCACAUGAGUCAUGACAAAUCAUAAGGAUAGAGCUUCACGGAAGAGGAAGAGAGCCGCCAUCGCGGCAUGUCGAGCACGGGCAGCAGCUGCAUUUUCACACCAUUCAAGGAAGGCGAAUUCGCCGGAGAGCAACAGAGAGCAACGCCAAAGCGCCGCCUGUACGCCAUGCUUGGACGACAGUGGUUUUGCCAGAGAGGAUGACGCAACGUCUGAAUACUGGGACAAUUUCGGCAUCGUCGAGGAGUCGCUGCCGGGCCUGAGUCUGGAGACAAGCGUCACAACUCAGCCAGAGGAGCCGAUCAUCACCGGAAGACGAGUUGUGUCGCUGGCCCAUUUCGUGAACGCUGUUCGUAGUCUCGACGACCACAGCUGUCCUAAGCUGACUGGACGUUUUGCACUCGUGAAAGAACGGAGAGUGGGGCUCUGGUCGGAGCUCACUUUUACCUGCAGUGAAUGUCAGGAAAUCAGAAAGUUGACGACUGACCCCGUCACAGAACCAACGUCCCUCACUGACAAAGCAAACGUAGGAGUCAAUGAUGCUGCUGUUUGGGCAUUCAUGAGUAUCGGAUCGGGCCACUCGCAGUUCGAGGAAGCAAUGGCAGUCAUGGAAAUUCCUGCUAUGAGCAAAGGGGCUUUUCUACGCCGGGAGGAGUCCCUGGGAAAGUGCUGGAAAACCGUCCUUUUUGACCAAAUGAUAAAAGCCGGAAAAGAAGAAAAAAAACUCGCGGAAGAAGCUGGGGCUUUCUGUGAGGAUGGCAUAACCCCCUAUAUUACAGUGAUUGUCGAUGGUGGGUGGUCACACCGCAGUCAUGGACACCGGUAUUCCGCCAACUCUAGUGUCGCUGUGAUUAUAGGAGAACGCACGAAGAAGCUCCUCUACCUAGGAGUACGAAACAAGCUGUGCAGUACCUAUCCCCGUACUACGCGCAGCAUGCCCAUACGCAGACCACAGUGGAAUGUGAAAGCAAUUGAGUCACACCAGCAGUCUAAACGAGCUUCGAUGAAGAACAAGGAGGCAAAGCAGAGUGGCGACUCGGACAUUUUCCACAGCCUUGAGUGGUAG